ACUCGCUCUCCGGCGGGCACAAUAAAACACAAACAAAACAAAGGCGAGAACCGGCCAGCAUUUGCUGCGAAAAUAUAUUUUAAAUAUGCUAACCUGGCGGAUCAGAGCGCAAUGGUUAGUCAUUCCGAUUCUAGCAAUGGCAUCGAGCGGUACUAAUCUGGACAGUGGAAGUUGCCCUGCGGCUAAGACCGCAGAUUCGUCCUGUCUGGGCGGAGUUACUCCUCCUGACCAGGCCCGGUACGACAACUACCGUAUUUACAAUGUGGAGUUUGACAACGAGCAGCAGAUUGAACUGUUCCAGAAGCUGGAAGAACAGAGCGACAGCCUAACCUUCAUCGGCCAUGCCAGAGAGAUUGGCCAGAAGCUGUCUAUUUUGGUGGCGGCCCACCGCGUGGCAGAUUUCGCAGAUCUCUUGAAGACCUACAAACUGAAACAUCGGGUGCUGACCUAUAACUUCCAGGAGAAAAUAGAUCGGAAUAUGAGCGAGGUUCAGCCGGAGGACAUUGAUGCCUCCAAGCUUGACUGGCAGCAUUUCUUUCACCUGAAAACCAUCUACGAGUGGCUGGACAAGAUGGCGGCCAAGUAUUCCCAGCUAACCGUUCUGGACAUGGGAACUAGCACCCAGGGCAACCCAAUCAAGGGAGUAAAGCUGGUCAGCAAUCCCAAUAACAAGGCCAUCUUUAUUGAGAGCGGUAUCCACGCCAGGGAGUGGAUUGCUCCGGCCACCGCCACGUACAUUAUUAACGAGCUGCUCACCUCGCAGGAUGCCCAGGUGCAAAAGCUGGCCACGGACUACAACUGGAUUAUAUUCCCCAGCGUUAACCCCGAUGGCUACAAGUAUACCUUUGAGCAUGAUCGGAUGUGGCGGAAGAAUCGUCAGUUGUUCGGCACCUGCCGGGGCGUAGACCUAAACAGGAACUAUCCUGACCACUGGAACUCCACCGGCUCGAGCAGCGACCCUACACGAUACGACUUUGCUGGUCCAUCCGCGGGAAGCGAGUUGGAGACCCAGCGUCUGAUUGAAUUCAUUCGCGAAAAUGUGGGCAAGGAGCAGAUCAAGACGUACAUCGCCCUGCACUCAUACUCGCAAAUGCUCAUGUUCCCAUAUGGGUACACCAAGGAUCGUGUAUCCAACUAUGCGGACCUGCAGGAGUUCGGCCAGAAGGCGGCCGCUGCUAUCAAGGCGGAGAGUGGACGUGACUAUGUGAGUGGAAACUUGUACGAGACAAUCUAUCCCUCGAGCGGUGGAAGCAUGGAUUGGGCGCAUGCUGAGGCUGGAAUUCCAAUUGCCUACACAUUUGAGUUGCGCGGUCCGCCCGACAGCCAGGAUCUCUUCAUUCUGCCAGCCGUUGAAAUCCAGCCAACGGCCAGCGAGGCCUUCACUGCCAUUCGGACAAUUGUGGAAGCGGCCGCCGAGAAGGGCUACUACAAGUAAACGUCAAAGGACAAGCAUUUUUUUACGUUCAACGAUCUAGACAAACUUUAAGUGCAUAGUUUAUCAUCAACUCGAUAUUAUCUUUACAUUAAUAAAAGUAAACAAAUAUAAAAGCAA